AUGUGUUCCAAGAUCUUUACCGUCUUCAGGUGCAACCACAGCUCACCCUCGUACCCUCCUGCCGAGACAUCUUGCGCCUCUUUCAGGAGCGCCAUCGCUCGCGCGAACCAGUCGAACCAGCCAGUUGAGAGCUGCCCCAACUACAACGAGGUCAAGGAUGAGAAGGAUUCAUACUGCCCCGAUUGCCAAGCUGCCGGCCGUGGAUCACCUCCACCCUCCACGGUUCGCUACCGAAGUCGCAAGCUCUGA